AUGAAGUUUUGGAAACUUACCGAAGCUACAAAGCAGUCCGAACCAAAGCAGACUGAACGCUUCCCAAUCGAGGCAGCAGAAGCCUUUGAUCCCAAGGAAGAUGUUAUCCGUCGAGCCGAGCGUACCGGCUCUCCCCCAGGCACUCUCCUUUGUUCAUUCCCUGACCCUGCACCUGGAACAAGCCUUAACCAGUUUCGUUUCCAGCUCCACCGCGCAAACGGAGUUCAACCCGGUGUAUUCGGGUACCUUGAGAAGUAUGUCAACUCUACGCACUUAGUCUGGAGCAUGUGUGCUAUUCUUGCAGAUAGUGGUAUCGACCCAGCCUGGAAAGAUACAUUCGAGCUAUGGCGCCCACAGUGGAGACAGUUCGCUAAGAGCUUUGAGAUUCACGGGAAUACUAUGUGCACUAUGGAUACCCCCGCCUCGCCAGUCACUGAGAUGCGGAUUCAGAGGCCUAAUAGCCUUGCCUUCGUUACUCUUACUGUUGGUGAUCCCAAUGAGAAGCAGAUUGAUCGUAAUGUUUUGGAGGAUCUCUGGAAGUGGAUGCUUGAUACGCCGCCUGAGGCGAUUAUUGAAGGGGCUUUUAUCAUUAGGCUUCAGCACGAGGAAUGGUUUCCUGAGGAGUAG